UUCCUGCUGCUGGUUUUCAUCAAGUUUGGCUUUCUGAUGGUCAGUUCAGACACGUGAGGGAAGGGCCGCAAUACUGCGGGGGUUCAGUGCUGAAUGUCCGUUUGCCCAGGCUCACGCAUGAUUCUACAUCAAAGGACUGGAUGUUCCGAACAUUGGACGCUAUCUUACAACAACGGCCUCGUCCAUCCUGAAGGUUAAAAAUCGAUUGGAUUAGCACGACAGAGGGCAGGGUGAAACUCAUUUUACAACCAAGCAAUUUGCAGAGCUGGCCUUAAUUAGUCACCCGUUGGAGCACCGGACAACAACGACUUUGAAUUGGGCUUGUACAUUUUCACCAUCUCCAAGGCAUAUAUUUUAUACCGAGACUCCAUGGAGUAGCUUUUCCCGCAAAUUCAGAACCGCUGAUUAAUAGAUCCUGUUUUAUUUGGAAAAAUAAACAUGAAUAUAAUUGCACUGCUACUCACCGGAUUGUCUCUAUCUGGGAAACUGCACUGGAUUUGUGGAUUCGAUUACGAUUACACUUAUGAUUACUAUGAUGAAGAAAAGGCGGAGGUUAUUGAUUAUAAAGACCCGUGCAAAGCUGCUGCAUUUUGGGGAGACAUUGCAUUAGAUGAAGAAGACUUGCAACUCUUUCAAAUUGACAGGACAAUUGAUUUAUCAAGAUACAUCUUAGACAGAAUGGGGCACACCACAGGUGGGUCUGGAGAACAUAGAGUUUCUAAAAAGAAGGGAGCAGUUUUUCAACUUAUAGAUCGGAUACUAAGAUUGGGAGCAGACAGUGAUCAAAAUACAACCGACACGGAAAAGAAUAACUCAGAGAUCUUAAGACAGAGUGAAAAGAAAAGGGUUCCCAGAGCUGCAACAUCUCGCGCUGAGAGAAUUUGGCCCGGGGGUGUUAUACCAUAUGUUAUCGGAGGCAACUUCACUGGUAGCCAGCGGGCAAUGUUCAAACAGGCCAUGCGACACUGGGAGAAGCACACGUGUGUUACUUUCAUUGAACGAGCAGAUGAAGAAAGUUACAUUGUCUUUACAUAUAGGCCAUGUGGGUGUUGUUCUUACGUGGGUAGACGCGGUAAUGGUCCCCAAGCUAUAUCCAUAGGGAAAAACUGUGAUAAAUUUGGCAUCGUGGUUCAUGAACUGGGCCAUGUGAUCGGGUUUUGGCAUGAACAUACAAGACCAGACCGAGAUGAUCAUGUGACCAUCAUUAGAGAAAACAUCCAGCCUGGCCAGGAAUACAACUUCCUCAAGAUGGAACCUGGUGAAGUGAACUCCCUUGGGGAAGCAUAUGACUUUGACAGCAUUAUGCACUAUGCUAGGAACACCUUCUCAAGAGGUAUGUUUUUGGAUACCAUUCUUCCUGGACGAGAUGAAAAUGGCAUAAGGCCUGCCAUUGGUCAACGUGCACGGUUAAGUAAAGGAGACAUUGCACAGGCAAGGAAGCUGUAUAGAUGUCCAGCUUGUGGAGAAACUCUUCAGGAUUCAACUGGUAAUUUCUCAUCUCCCGGAUUUCCUAAUGGAUAUCCCUCAUACACACAUUGUGUUUGGAGAGUCUCAGUUACACCUGGUGAAAAGAUUGUUUUGAAUUUUACAACCAUGGAUCUCUUUAAGAGUCGCCUCUGCUGGUAUGACUACAUCGAAGUACGAGAUGGUUAUUGGAGAAAGGCACCGCUUCUUGGUAGAUUCUGUGGUGAUAAGCUGCCUGAAGUUCUAACUUCCACCGAUAGCAGGAUGUGGAUUGAAUUCCGCAGCAGCAGUAACUGGGUAGGAAAGGGUUUUGCUGCAAUUUAUGAAGCAAUCUGUGGUGGCGAUAUCAGUAAAGAAUCUGGACAGAUCCAGUCUCCUAACUAUCCAGAUGACUACAGACCAUUGAAGGAAUGUGUAUGGAAGAUAACAUUGUCUGAACACUACCAUGUGGGAUUAGUUUUCCAGGCGUUUGAGAUUGAGAGACAUGACAACUGUGCUUAUGACUAUCUUGAAGUCCGAAAUGGUAAUAAUGAAAACAGCCCUUUGAUUGGGCGAUUUUGUGGCUAUGACAAACCUGAAGACAUCAAGUCUACUUCCAACUCCCUGUGGAUGAAGUUUGUUUCUGAUGGAACUGUCAAUAAAGCAGGAUUUGCUGCAAAUUUUUUUAAAGAGGAGGAUGAGUGUGCCAGACAUGACAAUGGAGGGUGUGAGCAGCAAUGUAUGAACACGUUGGGCAGUUACAAGUGUACUUGUGACCCAGGCUAUGAACUUGCAGCAGACAAGAAAAGUUGUGAAGCUGCCUGUGGAGGACUUCUGUCAAAGCUAAAUGGAACAAUCACCUCACCAGGCUGGCCAAAGGAAUACCCUCCCAAUAAGAACUGUGUUUGGCAAGUUGUGGCUCCCACCCAGUACAGGAUCUCUAUGCAGUUUGAAUUUUUCGAACUAGAGGGCAAUGAUAUAUGCAAAUAUGAUUAUGUGGAAAUCCGCAGUGGCCUUUCAUCUGAUUCCAAGCUUCAUGGAAAGUUUUGUGGGACUGAAGUGCCUGAGGUUAUAACAUCACAGUACAACAACAUGAGGAUUGAGUUCAAAUCUGACAAUACUGUUUCAAAGAAAGGAUUCAAGGCCCAUUUCUUCUCAGAUAAAGAUGAAUGUUCCAAAGACAACGGAGGCUGUCAACAUGAGUGUGUCAAUACAAUAGGCAGUUAUGUUUGCCAGUGUCGAAAUGGAUUUGUACUACAUGAAAACAAACAUGAUUGCAAAGAAGCUGAAUGUGAACACCGGAUUUACAGUGCCACUGGCACCAUCACGAGUCCCAAUUGGCCAGAUAAAUAUCCUAGUCGCAAAGAAUGUACGUGGGAAAUCUCCGCAACUCCAGGCCACAGAGUGAAGAUAACUUUCAACGAAUUUGAGAUCGAGCAACACCAAGAAUGUGCUUAUGAUCACCUGGAAGUGUUUGAUGGAGAAACUGAUAAGUUUGCAAUCCUUGGACGGUUCUGUGGGAGCAUCGUUCCAAAUCCUGUCAUCUCCACUGGAAAUAAAAUGUUUGUUAGAUUUGUUUCAGAUGCAUCAGUGCAAAGGAAAGGUUUCCAGGCCACCCACUCCACUGAAUGUGGUGGGAGACUGCGGGCUGAAAUUAUAUCCAAAGAGCUGUACUCCCAUGCACAGUUUGGGGACAACAACUAUCCAGGCCAGGUUGAUUGUGAAUGGCAGAUCGUUGCAGAAAAAGGUUACGGAGUGGAGUUAUCCUUCCAAACAUUUGAAGUGGAAGUGGAAGCUGACUGUGGCUAUGACUUCAUUGAAAUAUUUGAUGGGUUUGACACCACUGCUUCAAGGCUUGGACAGUUCUGUGGAUCAGGGCCACCUGAAGAAAUAUAUUCGACAGGAAAUGCAAUUUUACUCCACUUCCAUACUGAUGACACAAUUAACAAGAAGGGAUUCCAUAUACGAUACACAAGUACAAAAUUCCAGGAUUCCCUCCACAUCAAAAAGUAACUUGGGCCAUCAAUACAGUUUCCUGUAUCCUUAAAAUAAAACAAAGGCAAAAAUAACCUGAAUGAUUUAUACUGACAGAACAGGGGCGAACUGAAGGAGAUGAACUGUUGCAACGUCAGCAUGAAGUUGAAGAGCUUCCAGUGGAAAAUUCAAAACUGCGGAAAAUUAGACUGAGUACAAAACUGCAGGAACAGGAUGCUACUGCAGAGUAAUUAUAAAGGUUUGCUUGCUGCAUCAGCUUCUGUCCACUACUGGCUAGAGUUUCACCCAGUGGAAAUACUGCUAUACAGACUCUCAGCCAACUGCACUAUCCAUAGGCAUGAACCUAUAAACUUCAACAAAUGCUAUUCAUUGAUUUCUUCAAUCAGGCACAAACAAUAAAAGGAGAAAAGAAGUAUCCUAUGUACUGUUCACUUUUCAACAUGUGGUUUAUUAAUAUAAAGGAAAAUCAUUUACUACAUAAUUUAUGAGGAUUUUGUAAUUUUUUUUUAAACUGGAUGUCUUUACUGGUGACUAUUAUCUGUGAUUAUGUCUCUCAGAUACAGGACUUCAAGCAGAACAAAUGAGCACUGUAGCAAACUGUGAAUUCCUUCAGUACCAAAAAAAAAAUCACAGGUUUAAGAGCAUUGAAAAUCCUGAUAGCAUUUUUUAAAAUAUUUUGCUAUUGGAAUGUGCCAGGAUAGUUUUAUAUAUUGUGUGUGCGUGUGUUGGUAGUUUGCACUUAGAAUGAUACCAAGGGCCUAGUUUUAGGCUCUAAUCUAUUGUAUGUGUCUCUGAGCUAUUAUGUAAAUCAUCUGAAGUGAUAAGCAUAUGACUUUAUGUGAAUGAAAAUCAAAUUAGUAGGUAAUCAGUUAACAAUAGUGUUACAGCAGUAGUGUGAGCAAAUGGCCAUGGAGUAUUAAAAAAACAGCUAACUGCAAUUCCACAACAGUACCCAUAUAGCAAUUCUGUGUGUUGAGAAAUUAUAAUUAAGCUGGUGACGAUUGUUAGUGCUAUGAGUUUCAGAAAGAGAAACAAAAUACAUAAAUAAACUCUGCAUCCUAUAUUCCCAUAAUUCAUCAUCAGCUUUUCAGGAUAGUCAGAUCUCCUGAACUAGCAAAUGAAUCAAAGCUGAAUUAUACCCCUGAAAAGAUGAAAUCCCUGAAAGACUCAAGAAAAUGCCGUGUAAAGCAGGUUUCGAACGGUGCUACUCCAUGUUCAGAACCAUCUUGUGCUUAUGAGGCAUCAAUCUUUACAACUUCAUAUGAUUGUCUAAACAGCUGUAGACAUACAGUAGGGCAAAGACAAAUCUCAUUUUGAACAUGAAAAAAAAUUGUUCUGCAAAACCACUGCUCCUCUGGAAACUGAGACAAUGGAUGCUUUAGAAUAAUUCCUUGUAAAUCUUGCACAUGGCAUACAGAUCUUUCUGUAAUACUUUGAAUACUUGAUUUAAAAUAAUUCCACAACUUGAGCAUUUUUCAUAUUUUUACCUGUGAAAAAUUAUUUACAAAGUCAACCUAUUUAGUUCAAUACAAAAGUGAAAUAUUCGAACAUAGUUAACCUGCAAAAAAGCCGAAUAACCAUUCUUUAGCCUAACAGUUCUGUCCUAACCAUUCUUUCCAGGUUCCACAGAUGAAUCAUAAUAUUGGAUGUUUAGUUACAACAUGUGUGUUAGUAUGUGUUCAUUUACAAAGGCAUUAUAAGAUUAAGCAGUGAAUUGUUACAGUACAUGCCAAGUUCAACUUGAAUCUGUCAGCUGAAGCUUUUUUUUGGGUUUACUUUUUUCUGUUGUUUAUAAGCAGAACAUUGUAGCUUUUGAAGCUUCUUGUUAAAGGUUUUUUCCGUUCAAGGUUCAGGAGUAAAAUUAAAUCUCAUUUCAGGAGAUGCUGUUUUCCAAGGUCUUUCACACAGUAAAUUGCUACCUAAGUUAGCAGUUAGCACUAAUGAUCCUAUUUGUAUCUGUAUUAUAUCCUACAUCCAUGACAGCAUC